UUGACAUUUGACGUUCUGUGCAUUUGACAUCUAAAUAGUCUGGAAAAUUCUCCGUCGUGUGGUGUUUAUAUAUUUCAUUAAUUAGCUAAUUAUUGAAGAAUGAAUGACGAAGAAUUCGAUGGGGAUGAUGUCGGGGAUGACUUCGACGACGACGUCGAUGACGACAACAUCGAGGAGCUCGAACAACCCGAGGAGGAAGGUGACAACAUCGACAUUCUCGCACAUGGUCAAGCCGGGGGCGGCGUACCCAAAAAUAAGCGCAUAACAACCAAAUACAUGACUAAAUACGAAAGGGCCCGAGUAUUGGGAACACGAGCCUUGCAAAUCGCCAUGUGUGCCCCAGUCAUGGUGGAACUAGAUGGAGAAACAGACCCCCUCCAGAUUGCAAUGAAAGAACUCAAACAACGAAAAAUUCCCAUCAUAAUUCGGCGGUACUUGCCCGACCAUUCAUACGAGGAUUGGGGGAUAGAUGAACUUAUCAUAAUUGACCACUAAAUCAAGUAAAACUCUGUAAUCUUAAGGUAUUUUAUUAAUAAAACAUAACUACA